AAAAAAAUCCCCCUUUGCACUAAAAACUCAAGUGCCCACAGCCCACUCACCACCAUCAUGGCUUGUAUGCAGAUGUCCAGGAGCGAAGCCGAAAGGAUGAAGUGCAACAAUGGCUCUCAAGGUUACUGCUCGUCUGAUUACAAGCAAGAGGUGCACCAAGCAGCUGGGUGUGCAGUGCCCCAAGCUGGGAACCACAGCAUUGCAAGCAAAGCUGGAUGUGCAGCUAACCAAGUUGGGCACAACAUGGGAGCUGGAUGUGCAGCUAACCAAGUUGGGCACAACAUGGGAGGCAACCACUCUUCUGGUGGCCACGGCCAUGCCAUUCAUGGCUCUGGACACCACGGCCACUCCAGCCAUGGCUCUGGCCACAAUGGUCAUGCCAUCCAUGGCUCUGGCAACCACGGCCAUGUCAGUCAUGGCUCUGGCAACCACGGCCAUGUCAGCCAUGGCUCUGAAAACCAUGGACAUGUUAGUCAUGGCUCUGACCACCUCAGCCAUGCCAACCAUAGCUCUGCCCAACAUGGCUGUGCCACUGCCAACCAUAACUCUGGCCAACAUGGAAUCAACCACCACAACUCUGCCCACCACGGUGCUACCCACCACCACUCUUCACACCAUGCAAGCUGCGAAGAGAAGAAAGAAGAACACAAAGUCUAUAAAUCAGGACACAAUAAGGGUGAGAAGAUCAAGAAAAAAUCGUCCAAGAAGUGCAGUGAUGACAGCAGUGACAGCGAGAGUGACAAUGAAGGGCAUGGGAAGAAGUGCUAAAUAAGCAGAACUCAGCAGCUGACACCAGAUCACACAAGACCAGAAACUGGAGAUUAGAUACUGCUGAUAAAAUUAUAAUUACGUUCAAAAUUUCGUAUUUCAUUAAUAAUGCCCUACUACUAGCAUCGCUGAGGCGCCAUUUGGAUGACUUUCCCAUUUGUACUACGUGUGUUUUCUUAUGAAUGAACAGUGUAUGUUAUGCACUGCUAUUAAAAACUA